UGAACAGCUGAAUGACACUUUGAGGCAUUUGCACUUGUUAAAAGGCAAAAGAAAGAAAGAAGAAAAGAGGAGUCGUACAUCAGACAGUUGGAACAAAAGGAUAUGCUCACCCGAGAGUGGACAACAGAAAUCUGCAUUUGAAGACGCCUCUUGCUGAUUAAGGAUUUGAGUUUUACUUCAGUUUUGCCUGCUGUGGUUAAACUCCAGCAUUGUGUGUCUGUUUGUGUGCAUUUGUGUGUUAGCAUGUCCGUUCUGUAAGGACUGUCCUGUUUUUGGAUUCGAUUGUGAGCGCAAGGGGAGGCCACAUGGGGCCCGGGCCUUGUCCGGGAUGCCAGCUGCUGCGGUGAAGCCUGCUCUGGACAUGGUUGCCGAGGGAGGGGGCGUAGGGGAGCGCGGGGUGUCCCAGUGGGAAGCCUCUGGGCUGGGCCGGCAGAGGCUGCCUCUGCCCUCCCUGAAGGUCCCCAGAGAGCUGCUGCGCAGCUUCCCCCACUCCAAACGGGUUGGAUCCUACCUGGUGGGGAAAAUGAUCAACAAGGGCUCAUUUGCCAAAGUGAUGGAGGGGCUGCAUAUCAGCACAGGGGAAAAGGUAGCCAUUAAGGUGAUAGACAAAAAAAAAGCACGACAGGACUCCUAUGUACAGAAGAACAUGAAGAGGGAGCCUCGCAUUCAUCAGAUGGUGCAACACCCUCAUAUUGUAGUUCUGCUGGAGACUCUGGAGACUGAGAACAGUUACUACAUGGUUAUGGAGCUCUGUGCUGGAGGAGACCUGAUGGACAGGAUCUGUGAGAGGAAGAGGCUGGAGGAGCGGGAGGUGCGGCGCUACACCCGACAGAUCCUCUCUGCUGUGGAACACCUGCACAAACACGGCAUCGUGCACAGAGAUUUAAAGAUCGAAAACUUCCUUCUGGAUGAACACAACAAUAUAAAGAUUGUGGACUUUGGCCUGAGUAACACCCUGAAGACUGACUCUUUAUCUCUGGAGCUCCUCAGCACCCAGUGCGGAAGUCCAGCCUACGCCGCCCCGGAGCUCCUCGCUCACAGGAAGUAUGGACCCAAAGUGGAUGUGUGGUCUGUAGGCGUGAGCAUGUUUGCAAUGCUGACAGGAACUCUGCCCUUCACUGUUGAGCCGUUCAACAUCAAACAGCUGCACCAGAAGAUGGUCAACGGGGAGAUCAGCAGCAUCCCCGGUGACAUCAGCAAAGGUGCUGUGUCAUUUGUGUUGUCUCUCCUGGAGCCCGACCCAGCAAAGAGACCCAGCGUUAGAGCUGCCAUGGAGGAGAGAUGGAUAAAUGAGGGCUAUUCCAAAAAAGCUCUGCACACUCUCUCUCAUAAAAACAGGUUGUCUUCAGAGGAUCUCAACUCGACCGUGCUAGAAUACAUGACAGAGACACUGGGAUAUUCCCUCUCUGAAAUCAUACACGUGGUCACAACCAACCGACCCUCGGCCCUCACGGCCUCCUAUCACCUGCUGCUCAGCCGACUCAACAGGAGUCAGAGAGGAGCCAAAGCCAGCAAGAAGCUAGAGAAUAACGACUGGAGUCUUCCCAGCAAGAAUACAUGGAAAGAGAGGAAUAACAGUGAAUCCCAGACUCCACAACAGAAUGAACCAACCAAUGAAAAAAGCUUGAAGCAGCUGAGCAAGCCUCUGAGGAACCAACAGGCAAGUGAAUUUAAGAGCAGCAGAAAGAGGACUGAGAACCUGCACAGAGAGGGUGACGAGAAUCGGUCACCUUCUCCUUCUCUACCCCAGCUUCCUCACUCUGCCUCUCCGUCCUUACCCCCUCAUCUCCCCUCUCCUUCCCCUGCACCUCUGUCUGCAGAGGAGAGGGCUACUGAUGAGGAGACCUUAGAUGCCAGAGAGACACUGUUUGCAGAAGUAACUGUUUUUGGAGACAGGGAACUCGUCCACCUUUCUCCUCCUAAAAACUCCACAUCUCAACUCUGUGACUCCGCCCCUUGCCAAGUUCCCUUACCUGCAGAGCCAAUCAGAGAUACUAGCACGUCAAGACCAGUCCGAAAUACGCACCUGCUCAGGACUACUCAGUCAGAUGGUGCUGCAGACCCCGUGUCAGACUGCUUCAAAGGCACCCGACGCCAGGAAGAUUCUAAUCACCUGAGCAUCAAUGAGCGACUGGAGAAGCUGCAGACGUUUUAUUCAUCCGAGAAGAACGGCACGUCUCCCAGGACACUCCUGGACACUGACACGCGCACCACACACUCCUCAGACAGAGGCCACUUGGGUUCUGUUGAGGCGUCACAGACAUCGCCCUCUUCCCCCCUCCCACUCCUCAACAACGUGGCGCUUAAAGACGGGCGGGGAAGGAAGAUGACAUGGGCAGGGCUGACCCGACCCGGGCCCCCGAGACUAAUCGUGAAUGGGUCUAAACCUCCUGCUCUCCCCUCACAAAGACAACAUACUCUGGUCUUCAAGAACCUCAGGCAGGAGAGGGGAAGGAGGAAAGAGCUGUCUGCAGCACGAGGAGAGAGAGUAGCAGGAGGGAUAAAUGGAGCCAAGAGGAACUCAAUUCAGUUGCGCUCGUCUCUCCAGCGUCGCGUGGCAGACCUGAACCUUCCACUGCUUUCUGCAGGCCUGCAGGGGAAACCUGACAGGAAGAGUCAGCUACACAGCAUGGACUACUGACACAAAGAUGACAGGAUCUGAUAGUAUUUCAGGGACAGUAACUAAAGAAGUAUUCAGUAAAUACUGGUGUCAACAGAAAUAAUAGCGAGCAACAGUUAUUUGGAACAGAUUUAAAUGGCAGCUACAGAAAAGUACAAUCCUAACGAUAUUACUUUCUCACUCUGCUGUUCUCUUCAUGCCUUUUCUCACCAGCAGGGUCAGUGCUGCAGUGCCAAAGCUUUCAACUCUUAACAAUAAGCUAGUCAUAGAACUCCAGUGUCCAUCAACAAGACUUUGGCUGAGCACCUAUCAAGCAUGUUGUUCUUGAAUUUCGACGUGCUGAUCUCCACUGACACAAAGUCAAAGGCAGAAUUUAAAAUGAUGAUUUUUUUGCUUUGUUUGUAUUCACUCUUCUGAAAUAGAUUUUUGUACUGACAGUGAAAGUAAAAGCAAU